CCCGCCCCCGAGCGCGCGCCGGCGGGUCGGCAGCCUCGCUCUGGCUUUGCUCGCGCCGCGCUCCCGCGCCGCGCCCGCGCGUCAGUCGCUCCCGAGCCGCGGCUGCAGGGGCGGCGGGCGGCAUCCAGCAGAGCGCGCAGACGACCCGGGGAGGCGGCGGUGUCGACGGGCUUCGCGUGAGGAGGCCAGGAGCCCAGAGACUCGCGCGGCGCGAUGGCCCCCAUCGGCCUCAAGGCGGUGGUCGGAGAGAAGAUCAUGCAUGAUGUGAUAAAGAAGGUGAAAAAGAAGGGAGAAUGGAAGGUGCUGGUGGUGGACCAGCUGAGCAUGAGGAUGCUCUCCUCCUGUUGUAAGAUGACGGACAUCAUGACCGAGGGGAUAACAAUUGUGGAAGACAUCAACAAGCGCCGAGAGCCGCUCCCCAGCCUGGAGGCUGUGUAUCUCAUCACUCCCUCUGAGAAGUCUGUCCACUCUCUCAUCAGCGACUUUAAGGACCCACCGACCGCCAAGUACCGGGCCGCACACGUCUUCUUUACCGACUCUUGUCCAGAUGCCCUGUUUAACGAGCUGGUAAAAUCUCGAGCAGCCAAAGUCAUCAAGACUCUGACGGAAAUCAACAUUGCAUUUCUCCCAUAUGAAUCCCAGGUGUAUUCCUUGGACUCUGCUGACUCUUUCCAAAGCUUCUACAGUCCCCACAAGGCUCAGAUGAAGAAUCCGAUCCUGGAGCGCCUGGCAGAGCAGAUUGCAACUCUGUGCGCGACCCUGAAGGAGUACCCAGCCGUGCGGUACCGGGGGGAAUACAAGGACAACGCUUUGCUGGCUCAGCUAAUCCAGGACAAGCUCGACGCCUACAAAGCCGAUGACCCGACAAUGGGGGAGGGCCCGGACAAGGCGCGCUCCCAGCUCCUGAUCCUGGACCGUGGUUUCGACCCCAGCUCUCCUGUCCUCCAUGAGCUGACUUUUCAGGCUAUGAGUUACGACCUGCUGCCUAUUGAAAAUGACGUAUACAAGUACGAGACGAGCGGCAUCGGGGAGGCGCGGGUGAAGGAGGUGCUCCUGGACGAGGACGACGACCUCUGGAUAGCGCUGCGCCACAAGCACAUCGCGGAGGUGUCCCAGGAAGUCACCCGUUCUCUGAAGGAUUUUUCUUCCAGCAAGAGAAUGAAUACUGGUGAGAAGACCACCAUGCGGGACCUGUCCCAGAUGCUAAAGAAGAUGCCCCAGUACCAGAAAGAGCUCAGCAAGUAUUCAACCCACCUGCACCUCGCCGAGGACUGCAUGAAGCAUUACCAAGGCACUGUGGAUAAACUCUGCCGGGUGGAACAGGACCUGGCCAUGGGCACGGAUGCUGAAGGGGAGAAGAUCAAGGACCCCAUGAGAGCCAUCGUCCCCAUUCUGCUGGAUGCGAAUGUCAGCACUUACGACAAAAUCCGCAUCAUCCUUCUCUACAUCUUUUUGAAGAAUGGCAUCACCGAGGAAAACCUGAACAAGCUGAUCCAGCAUGCCCAGAUCCCGCCGGAGGACAGCGAGAUCAUCACGAACAUGGCACACCUCGGGGUGCCCAUCGUCACGGACUCCACCCUGCGUCGCAGGAGCAAGCCGGAGCGGAAGGAGCGUAUCAGCGAGCAGACCUACCAGCUCUCACGAUGGACCCCGAUCAUCAAAGACAUCAUGGAGGACACUAUUGAAGACAAACUUGAUACCAAGCACUACCCGUACAUCUCCACCCGCUCCUCUGCCUCCUUCAGCACCACCGCUGUCAGCGCCCGCUAUGGGCACUGGCAUAAGAACAAGGCCCCUGGGGAGUACCGCAGUGGUCCACGCCUUAUUAUCUUCAUUCUGGGGGGCGUGAGCCUGAACGAGAUGCGCUGUGCUUACGAGGUGACCCAAGCCAACGGCAAGUGGGAAGUGCUCAUAGGAUCCACACACAUUCUCACCCCACAGAAACUUCUGGACACGCUGAAGAAACUGAAUAAAACAGAUGAAGAAAUAAGCAGUUAAAAAAUAAGCCACCCCUCCAAACAAAAAUGAACCCUCUCCCCGAAGUGCUCGCAGCCCCGACCGCCUCGGUCCCUUCGCUGACCCCCUCCUCCCUCCAUCGCCUCCCCUGGCUCUGCACGCCCGGCCGACACUGUCGCCGCUGCGUUCUCGUGUUUGGUGAUGCCCUCUUUUUCUUGUUUGAAACAAAAGAAUGCAUUGUUUUUUUAUUUUUUUUUUUUUUAAAGAGUCCCUUCUAUGUGUAUCCUGGAGGAGACGUUUGGGGUGAGGGCCGUGCUGCCCCCGGGUUCCUGGAACUGUUUAGGGUGGAUGGACACCUCCUCCCCAUUAGUCAUGAUUUUAUGACCUUGUACAUAGCCCAGCGUGACGUGUGUACAUUUGCUUGCGUAUGGGAAGGUAGACGUUUUUGAAGAACCCGUUUGGGGUCGCUCCUGUUCGUGUUGGGAGUCUGAGCUGUCCGUUCUUGGAGUGUGUCAGACUGAGGGUGUCUCUUCUCACUCCAGCUCCUCCCCCUCCGUGCCAGCUCUCACUCACAUGAGCUUGGAAGUGAAGCUCAGGUGACUCUCGAGAGGUUUGCGCUGGAACCGACCUCUGCUCUCUCUCCCCAAGGGGCUCACUCCCCCCAUCCCCCGGGGCUGGGGGUGGGGGCUGGGGGUUGGCCACGGGAAGUCGGGCUGGGUGCCCUGUCUCAGCGCCCUCCCUGGCCACGGCCACAGCGCUCUGGUCCUGUCUGCGGCCUAUCACCGUGCCUGGAUGAGAGAGGAGCAGGCUUCCACUGGGGACCUGCGUCUCCAGUUAGACCUGGUCCUUCAGACCCCAUCCUUCCCCAGGCAUCACCCCCCACACCACCGCCAGAGCUCCUCUUUCUCAGCGAGGUCAGCCUGGAUCGAGCUCACGGCUCAGCAACGGACUAGGACUGGGAGGGUCCAGCAGGCUCCUGGUUCAGAGGUCCCUUUCCUGUCUGCGCCCCUGAGGCUUCAAACUACACGAAGAGUAGCCUGCUGGGUUUACACAGACCCCAAUCCCACCCCAGAUCAUUCUCUGUUUAAGAUACUCCCUAAUACUUUAUUUUGUGUAGUGUGGGGUCAUAUGUCGUCAUGCUUGUAAGAAGAAAACAAUCAUUUUACUCUCUGUAUAAAGACGUAGCUGUAUAAAUCUUAGCUGUUGAUGCAGAAAUCAAAGAGGCCAAUGCAGGAAGGAUGUUUCCUCGUCCUCAGGACUCAGCGGCUCAUUCUCCGGAAGGGAGCACACUCUGUUCUGCUGCUGCUGUGAACUAUAACGACAGUGGAAGUCACAAAAAAUGUCCCGCACCCACCCCCCCAUGCCCUUGAACCCCUCCCCAGACCGUGUGUGUAUAUUACUGUCUUGUGGCAUCGUCGUUGCAAACGUGUGUGUGUGCUAGUUCUUCGCCACCCCCUCUUCCCUUUCAGAAUAUAUCCUCCGCCCGCCCCGUUAGAUGCAUCGUGGCGUUCUCUUCUCAAGGCUUUGAAAUCUUCCCCCUUUGCACUCAGAUUAGUUUGCAGGUCUGUCUCCCUGCCCCGCUUCCUUACGAGAUCUUAUUUCCUUAGGACAGACUGUAAGGCCAUGCCUUGGUUUCUUCCUGUUAAAACUGCUUGUUUUGUCCCCUGCCCUUGACCAAACGAUGCUCAUGCUUCAGGACCUUGUUUGUCCAACACGUUGGUUUUCCUUUCUCUGUUAUUUAUAUAAAAAAUAAUUUAUCAAAAGGAUAUUUUAAAAAAAGCUAGUCUGUCUUGAAACUUGUUUACCUUGAAAUUAUCAGAAUCUCAGUGUUUGAAAGUAUUGAAGCACAAACGUGUAUCAUCUCUGUACCGUUCUGUACUAAAGCACUCGAGUCUAAUAAAGAAGUAAAUCAGCGCCCA